CACAUCCAAUAAAUACAAUCGUCUCUCCGGACUCUAAACUAAAGUAGUAGAUCUUUUCAUCUGUUGUGGCAAUGGCAGAAUCCCUGGUUUUCGAAGUCCUACAAAAAGUAGGAUCCUUCCUUUAUGAAGAAGUGAGUCAAUUUAUGGGUGUCCGAGGACAACUUGAGAAGCUUCAGAGCAAUCUCCAAGCCAUCCAGGCUGUGCUUUCUGAUGCGGAAAACAGGCAAUGGAAGGAGGCUGUGAUCAAGCUAUGGCUGGAUAAGCUCAAAGACGUAUCCUACGACAUUGAUGAUGUUCUAGACGAAUGGAGCACCGCGAUUCUGAAAGGAGAUAAUCCAUCUUCCUCCCAAGUAUUUUCUCUACUCCCUAGCUUUUGCUUUUCCUGCUAUCAGAUUCCUGUUCGUUAUGAUAUUGCUGAUAAGAUAACAGAAUUAAAUGUAAGACUAGAUGUUAUUGCCUGUGAGAAAGAGAGGUAUAGCUUUAACCAACUCGUUGUUAAAAAUGAACAACUAGUUGAGCAACGAAUCACCACCUCUGUCGUUAAUAUUUCAGAGGUGAAAGGAAGAGGCGAAGAGAAGCAGAAAAUCAUUGACAUGUUGGUUGGAGAGAGUUGUGAAACCCAACCCCUACGAGUCAUCUCCUUAGUGGGGAUGGGAGGCAUUGGAAAAACAACUUUGGCCAAAUUAGUUUAUAAUGAUGAUGAUGUGAAAAACCAUUUUGACGCGAUAAUAUGGGUGUGUGUCUCCAAUCCCUUUGAUGAGAUUAGAGUUGCCAAGGCGAUUCUUGAAUCUCUUAUGCAGGUGACGCCAAAUCUGGUCGAACUACAGAGCAUACUAGAGCAGAUACAACGAUUGAUGAGUGGGAAAAGGUUUUUACUUGUUUUAGAUGAUGUGUGGACUGAAGAUCGUAGUAAGUGGGAGCAAUUGGAAUGCUCUCUUCUAUCCGGGUUGCCAGGAAGCAGAAUUCUUGCAACCACUCGCAAGGAGAAUGUUGCAAAGACUAUAGGGUGCACCGAGUCUGAUAUAUUCCCAAUAGGACAUUUGUCCGAUGAGGAAUGCUGGUUAUUGUUUAGCCAGAUUGUGUUUGCUAGAUGUACUAGCAAAAUUAAUGAACAACUAGAAGGAAUCUGUAGGGAGAUUGUUGCAAAAUGUAAAGGUUUGCCUCUUGCUAUUAGGAUGCUCGGAUCUCUAUGCUCUGGAAAAUCCAGAGCAGAGUUGCAGAGUAUUUUAGAAAGUGAGGUAUGGGAACUAGAAGAGGCUAAAGUUGAUAUUUUCCCUCAUCUAUUGUUGAGCUAUUAUGAUUUGCCUUCAGCCUUGAAACGAUGUUUCUCAUACUGUUCCAUCUUUCCAAAAGACUACAGCAUAAGUAAACAUAAACUGAUCGAGUCAUGGAUGGCUCUCGGGUUUCUCAGGGCAACAUCGAGGGAAGACAUGGAGAAAGUAGGAGAAAAGUACUUCCAGAAAUUAGCAAUGUGCUCCCUCCUCCAAGAUUAUGAAGUGGAUAGGGAUGAUGGGAGCAUAACAUCUUGUCAUAUGCAUGAUAUAGUCCAUGAUUUUGCUCUUUUCAUUACAAAGAAUGAAUGUUUUUCGUUGGAGGCUAUUGGUUCUGAAGAGACAAGAAUUGAAUCCUUCCCCAAAGAAGCACGCUAUGCAAGAUUAAUGGUUGCAGAUGGUGCUCCUCUUCUAGAUUUCUUGAGUGGUUUGAAGAGACUGCACAGUUUGAAGGUUCAAUGCAGUUCCAGCACCACCAUUUCUGGAGCUCAGCUAACUCAUCUGUUUGAAAACUUGAGUCUUUUGAGAUCGUUAGACCUGAGCAAUUGUAAUAUUACAGAAAUACCAUCUGCAAUACGUAAAUUAGUACACUUAAAGCAACUAGAUUUAUCUUUGAACUAUAACUUGAGGGAGUUGCCUGAAACAGUAUGCGAGUUAGUUAACUUGCAAACCUUAAAUGUUUCUUGUGGUAGUGAUGGUUUUGGUAAGCUACCACAAGGUAUAGGAAAACUAAUCCAGUUAAGGCAUUUGCACAAUAGCCCAACUGUAGUACUUCCUAAAGGAGUUGGAAGCUUAAUCCGCCUCCGAACAUUAGAUGAUUUUUGCCUUGGCUAUGGAGGCGCAGAUUUUUCUCUUGCGGAUCUUGAAAAGUUGAACCAUCUUAAAGGAAAGCUUAGUAUCACAGGGUUGAAUGGUAAGUUAGAUGUAGUUUCUGCUAAGCAAGCAAAGUUGAAGACAAAGACUCAAAUUAUUUCUGUCGCACUAAAUUUUCAAGGAGAAGAAGCAGAGUCAAGGAAGUAUCAUGACAAGGACAUAAUAGAAGAAUUAGAGUCAUCUCCAAAUUUAGAAUGUUUAUCAAUAUAUAGCUACCAAGGAUCGGUGUUUCCAAGUUGGAUAAUGUCAUUAGCUAAUCUGAAGAAACUUGAUCUGUAUUCUUGCUAUAACUGUCAGCAUUUACCUUCUCUAGGGAAGCUUCCAUCUCUAGAAUCUCUCGACUUUUUUCGGUUACUUGGGGUGAAUAAGAUUGGCUUGGAAUUUCUGGGAAUAGGACCUCACACUGACAAUGAGACCGAUGUUGCAUUUCCCAAACUGACUCGACUAAGUUUCUCGAGAAUGGCUGGUUGGCGAGAACGGGAUGAUGUAGUUGAUGGGGACACCGAUGAAGAUAUUUCUAGUAGAAUCGUAAUGCCAUCUCUUCAGUCUCUAUCUUUUUUGAAAUGCUAUAACUUGCGGGCAUUGCCAAGCUACAUUUCCCAACGGGUAAGGCAAAGGAAAUUGAAUUUGACAAUCAAGCGGUGUAGCUUUCUGAGAUCACGAUACCAGCAAGAUUUCUCUGACCUUCCUAAUGUCAAUCUAUGGUGAAUGCAUGCAUAUGAUGAUGAAGCAAUCAUGACUCCGUAGUUAAUUCCUGUGCUUUGUUUCGUUAUUUUUUGUUAAGUUGCAAUCUUGCUGGAAUUAUUUAUUGUAUUUUUUCUCACAUUUGAUGUGCCAUUGUUUUUUCUGUUUCUGUGAUAAUGUUCAUUUUAUUUGCUACAGUUCCAUUUUUGAAAAGAGUAAUCAGUUAUUAUCUAAUGUAUUCUGUUUUUCUCA